GUGCUGCCUCAUGCACCACGUUACCUUGCCUCUGUGCUGAGUCCUCGCUUAUUGCAGUAUUCUCGAACACUGUAACUGACAUAAUGGUCAGAGAGGCAUAUGGCCCGCCACAAACAGAAGGAUGAGGAAGCUGGUGCUGAAGGUUGCGGUAUCCUGAAUACUCGUAAGCGCAUGUGGAAAGACGAGGAAGGCAAGAUCGUGACCAAGAAGCCCGCCAUUGCGAUCGACGCCCAGAAGCCACAGCCGCCCCCACAGCCACACGACGAGGACCCACUACAAACUCUCGCUGAUUUUGCCUUGUUUGCGUCUCACGAAGAGGGUGCACCGAUAUCACCGCCCAUCUCACACAGCGCGUCGCUAAAUACCUCUCUUGACGAUCACGAUUCCGGGAUAGCUUCAGCCUACCCACCUACUACCCUUGACCCCAACACAUUAUCGACACAGACAUACUCGCCGAUUGAUCAAAGAUUCUGGUCCACUGAUCUGCCACAACCUGGACCUGACCCAUUCGCUACGGCUACGUUUGACGAUGCACCCUUCGACGACAUCUUUAAUCCAGAUACGGCAAGCUCAUUCAACAACCCUUUUACUACGAUGAACAACUACAACUGGCUAUUUGAUGUGGACUUGGCCCAGGCCACACAGGUGCAACAACAACCUGCCGUACAUGACCCGUUCCCCAACUUCUCCUUCCCGAGCAACACAGUUCCCCAGCCGAGUCAUGCCUUCGAACUCCAGUUUGAUCAUAUGAGUUUCGACAAGCCGCUAUCUACAGAUGGCCAAUUUGGAUCACUUCCAUCGCAGCGAACGGAUUCGGUGGUUCAUCAAUCUCCCACAGCACCUAUUAUCACGCCUCCACUCAGCGAACUGCAAGUCCCAGAACGGGAGAACUUAACGCAGGCCCGCCAGGCAACAGCCCCAGUUGUUCAGCAGAGCACACCGAACGCCUCACAGUCACAGUCGUGUUCUCCGUUGUCUGAUAUUGAGCGACCAAUGUCGAUGCUUCAGCCCUCGCAGAGCCUACCGAUCAUAGACGAGCUUGCAAGACAACAGCUAUUGGAUCUCAUCGACAUAACUCAGCCAACAGCACCAGAUGGCAGCAUUGUCAUGCGAGACCAUCCCCUCCUGUCCCUGGGCUGUCUUCAAACUUACUGCGACUUAUUCUGGACACGCUUCAACACCACAUACCCAUUGAUGCACAUGUCAACAUUCGAGCCAUCUCAUGUCGACACUCUGCUGUUAAUGACUGUGUUACUACUAGGCGCUACCUACGGAGAGAAAGAUGCCCAUCAGCUUGCAGUGUGCAUACAUGAUGUCAUGAGACCGCAAAUCUUCGCCAACGCGGGAUUCUCAGCCAAACCUGACUUGUGGGUGCUGCAAACGAUCUUGCUUGUCGAAUGCUUUGGCAAGAGCAGAGCUGGGCAAAAGCAGCACGACAUGUCUCAUCUCUUCCACGGGCUGCUCAUUAAUUUGAUUCGUCGGAGUGAUUGCCAGACUAUUCGGCCACCCACCCUUGAGGACGCCACUGAUGAUCUCGAGGAUGACUGGCGGACUUGGGUCGAUGCUGAGCAGAAAAAGAGACUUGCAUUCCUUUGUUUCAUGUGGGAUACACAGCAUGCAGUACUCUUCUGCCAGUCGCUUUGCAUGUCAGCCUUCGAACUUCGAUCGAACCUGCCAUGCGACCAGUCACUGUGGGAGGCCGAUUCUGCGGAAAUAUGGCACCAGUUACGAAAAAAGCAGCCGACACCGCCCCUUUUUUUGUCUUGCCUGAAGAUGUAUUUGCAUCCGAACGCAACGGCAGUACCAAAGAACCUCAAUAAUCUUUCCCGCUCGCUGCUACUACAUGGCCUGAUGUCUGUAGCAUGGGACAUGCAACGGCGCGAUCAAACCUCACUCGGCGAUCCUAUAUCCGCAAAUCCACUUGGCAACUGGCAAUCUCGUCUAGCAACCUCAUAUGCUGCCUGGCACGCUGACUACACAGCCUUUUGCAACACAUACACCGCGCGUCUUCCCUCACAAGAUCACUUCUUCGCCAAAGAAUUUCAAGUUAUGCGCUCUGCAACCCUCUCACUCUAUCACUCCGCCCACAUCCUCCUCCACACACCCUUCCUCGACCUUCAAAUCUACGCCGGCGCCCGGCACAUCCUCGGGCGCCCUGUCGCCCGCGCAGACUACGCGCGCAGCCAGCGCAUUGUCAAGAAAUGGGUAGCCGAAAACAUCAAAGAAGCCGGUAAGGCCGUGUGGCACGCAGCCGCACUAGUACAUCAAGGCGUCGACGUACUUGACGGCGAACUCGAUGUCGGCGCUGGCCGUCUCUGGCACCACCCCUGGGCCGUAUAUCUCGGCACCCUGGUUGUGUGGGGCGUGUGGUAUGCGCGUCCUCAGCCUGCGAGCGGUGAGGUGCCGCCGUUGCUUGGGCUUGAGGAAGAGGAUGAGAUUAUAUGGGAUCCGGCCGCUGAGAUGAAGGGGUUGUUGGAGAUUAUUGCGAAGGCGGAGCCGGAGAUGUUGUUGCAGGCUCGGUAUAAGGCCGGUAUAUCAGGGGCGGUGGGGAAGAGGGGAACGAAUGGACUUGCGGCGUGCGUAAGUAGGUGUUUGAGUAAGGUGAGAUGGGCUGUCGUACAUGAUGGUAUGAUGGUAUUGAGAGGCUUGGUGCAAUGGAGGCUGGUGGGUGGGAGCGGAGGCGGCAUGUUUGCGUAGAUUUGAAACAUGAGUAGUGACCCCAGGCUAGUGCAGCGCUGUAUCACAGGUAAUCUUAAUUGUAACGCAGUACAACUAUCGUGACUGAUGCCAUAACAUGAAGUUUCUAUUGAUACAAGGUAAGUUUACACGCAUGACUCGGCUGAGAGACCCCUUCGCAUCAUUUCAGCUAGCUGACGUAACUGUUCCUUUUGCUGGCGAGCUUUUCUUCCGGAGCUUGCCCUACAAGUUGAAGGUUAGAGUUCCAGCAGCUCCAUCAGCUCAUACGUAAGUCCUUUAGAGCAAGUCCUGAAGCUUAUCUUUGUAUUAGUGACUU